AUGGUGAGAGGGCCGGAGCCGGGCAGCCAAUCAGCUGCGAGUCCCGGCCGCGCUCAGCCAAUCACGGUGCGGCUCCCCCCUCAGCGCCGCUACCGCCGCGGUGGCUCCGCCAAUCAGGGCACAGCUCCCCUCAGCGCCCUUCCCGCCCACCGCGUCGCCGGGGGCUUGGCCACGCCCCCCGCGCGUGUAAAGGGGCGUGGCGAGCACGGGGACACGCCCACCCUCGUGCACGUGGGACACAAUUGUCACAUGAGGGGCACACGAGACUGCACAAAGAGCUCGGGACGAUUUGGCCGCGGCCGAGCGGGAGCUGAAGGAGGCGGAGGAGGGGAUCAGGGCCCUGGAGCUGGAAUUGGGGUUGGAUUUUGGGCCCGAGGGGGAAUUUUGGUACCUGUACAACCAGUGCUGGGAGCUGGGCACCAGCGAGUACCUGUACCGGCUCUGCCCCUUCCAGCGCGUCACCCAGAGACCCAAAAACGGCGGCGCCGAGACCAACCUGGGGCUCUGGGGUUCCUGGGCAGGACCCGAAGGCGACAAAUUCGGAGCCCAGAAAUACGAGGGGGGCACGGGGUGCUGGCAGGGACCCAACAGAGCCACCACGGUGCGCCUCAGGUGUGCUCCGGACACGGCGCUGACGGCGGCGGCGGAGCCGAGUCGCUGCGAGUACCUGCUGGAGCUGGAGACACCUGCGGCCUGCAGGGAGCCCCCACCUGUGCACGAGGAGCACGACGAGCUCUGACCCCAAACACCCCAAAAACCACCCCAAAAUCACCCCAAAAAUAUCCCAAAAAUCACCCCAAAAAUAUCCCAAAAUCACCCCAAAAAUAUCCCAAAAACCAUCCCGAAAAUAUCCCAAAAACCAUCCCGAGAAUAUCCCAAAACUGUCCCAAAAUUAUCCCAAAAAAUCUUCCCAAAAAAAAUCCCCCAAAAUCCACCCAAAACCCCAAAUGCCCCCAGAAAUCCCAAAUUUGGGACUUUUGGGGAUGAAAUUUUGGAAUUUUUGGGGUAAAAUUCGGUGAUUUUGGGGAUGAAAUGUGGGAAUUUUUGUGGGCGAAAUCUGGGAAUUUUGGGGGUGAAAUUUGGGGAUUUUGGGGGUGGAAUUUUAGGGGUGGAAUUUUGGGAGUGAAAUUCGGGGAUUUC